CAGAUCAAGUAUGUUUUUGACGCUGGCUCGCGUGGGGCCAUGGUUCCUAUGGUGUCCAAGUCUGCCCAAGCUCAAGCCAUUGUAGCAGCCGCUCGUUUUCCACCGAAGGGGAUUCGCGGCUUCGAAAGUACUUUCACUGAUUCUGUGUGGGGCAUGGCAUCCACAGAAUAUCUCGCAACUGCCAAUGAUGGGAUACUGGUUGUUGUACAAGCCGAGACGCGAUAUGCCAUGAUGAAUUUGGAUGACAUUCUUUCUGCAGAUGGCCUCGAUGGUGUUCUCAUUGGCCCGUAUGAUCUGUCGCUCUCGCAUGUGUACCCAUCGUCGUCUCCGGAUCCUCACCCGGAAUUCGAGACGACGAUCCAGAAGAUACGAGAGAGUGCACAUGCCAAAGGCAAGAAAUGCUCCAUGUUUUUCACUACGGGUUCCCAUGCAGCUAAACGCGCCGAGCAAGGCUUUGACAUGAUCAACGUCAUCUCAGAUGCCUCCGCACUCACGCAAGGCUUGGCGCAAAAUAUUGCAACAGCAGUGGGGCAGACUGCACCUUCGAAGUCUGUCGGAUACUAA